GGAACCAGAGGAAAGGCUCAACUACUCUAUAUAUUUUGUAGAAAAUUAUCUGACGUUACAAAGACAAAAGUGAGAAAACUGAUCUUCUUUCUCUCUAAACCAUGGCGCUACUACUAUGGCAGACUCUGAAAGAGGCAAUACAUGCUUACACAGGACUAUCUCCGGUCGUCUUCUUCACUGCCCUCGCUCUCGCCUUCGCCAUUUACCAGGUCGUCUCAGGCUGGUUUGCCUCGCCGUUCGAUGAUGUUCGCCGACAUCAGAGAGCUAGAUCGUCAGCUGAAGAGGAGGAGCCACCGGUUCCUCCGCCUGUUCAGGUCGGUGAGAUCACGGAGGAGGAGCUUAAGCAGUACGAUGGCUCCGAUCCUCAAAAGCCCCUUCUUAUGGCCAUCAAACAUCAGAUCUAUGAUGUAACACAAAGCAGGAUGUUCUAUGGACCAGGAGGACCAUAUGCUUUGUUUGCUGGAAAAGACGCAAGCCGAGCUCUUGCAAAGAUGUCUUUUGAGGAGAAAGACUUGACUUGGGAUAUCUCUGGUCUUGGUCCCUUUGAGCUUGAAGCUCUUCAAGACUGGGAAUACAAGUUCAUGAGCAAGUAUGCCAAGGUUGGUACUGUCAAAGUGACCGGUUCUUCACAAUCUGAAACCGCAUCUGUCUCUGAACCCGCGGAGACUGGUGACCGAGACGUUCAUGUAGCCACAGCACCUGAGACGACCGUUGUGGAUAAGAAUGAUGAGGCUCCUGCUGAGAGUGAUGUGAAGAUGGAGUAGAUUCCAUUAGAGACCAGUAUUAUCAAAGGAUUAGAAUCUCUCAUGUUGAAGUGUCAAUGAUAAUCUUGUCUUCAAUAUCCCAUAAACCAAGUUUGCUGAUUAAAUAAAGCAUUUAUAAACUGCUCAAUCAGAAGGCGCUUCAUUGAAAGACUACUA